AUGCCGACCACACACGUUUCUCCCGAGUCCCAGGAUGACCUGACGGAAAUCGCCAAUGGGCUGCUCAAAGCGCGUAAGGUCAUCGUCGUGACUGGUGCCGGAAUCAGCACGAAUUCGGGCAUUCCUGACUUUCGUUCCGAAAACGGUCUGUACUCGUUGAUCCAUGCUCAGUUCGACGCGGCAGCACAGCAGGCGCGUCUGCCCGAUGGUUCGAGCGACGACAAACCUACCGACUUGGACACUGGCCGUGCAACGAAGAGGAGAAGAUUAUCGCCUGAUGCUGCUCAUAAGUUGGAAGAAGAUAACGGCGACAUGAAAGACGAAAUUGAAGUUCAGCUGGAAGACACGGAGCCGGAGCCGGAACCGGAGCAUGAGGAAAUCGCAGACACAAUUCAGGUUGAAGGCGACCCGGAAGACGAGGAGAAGCAGGACGUCCCGGACGAGACGCCAUUGAUCAAUCCUAGAACGACACGUUCAACAAUAACCGUGGCUCAACCACCCACUUCCCCUCUAUCUUCACCUCCGCCCGAGGAUUCGAAUAUCUCACCACCCUCGAUCUUCCAAAGGACGCGACGCAGCCACCUGAACAAUUCUACCAUUCCGCCAAGCUCAUCACCUCUAUCAUCUCCGCCACCUGUUUUAUUUGAGCCGUUCUCCAAUACCAACACGUCUCUUGAAGACGAUCCCAGCUCUCGAAGCAGCACGUCACCAUCUGAAGUUGACGAUACCCCGCCCUCAAACCCAAUCAGCUUGUCGCAAGCGAGUUUUGGCAAUGGAAAGAAUACACUGCCUAACAUGAAAGGGAAGGAUAUGUUUGACGCGUCAAUAUGGUCCGACCCUCUCAGAACAUCUGUGUUCUACACAUUUGCGACCACACUACGCCAAAAGGUCAGAGACGUGGAGCCCACGAGCUCACAUAAAUUUAUCAGCCAUUUGAGAGAUCGUGGCAAGCUUGUGCGCUGCUAUACGCAGAACAUUGAUCAGAUCGAGGAAAAGGUCGGGCUGUCGACAUGUUUGAACGAAGGGCCUGGUAGCCGUGGUCGCUUUUCACGAAAAUCAACUGCCAACAUCAAUCAGCUCAACAGGAUGGUCGACGAAGUCAAUGCCAUGACCGACAUGAACUCUUCAGAUAAAUCGCAGCAGUCAUCCGACAACGAGGCCAGCCAGCAAUCCCAGUCUAGUGUGUCGAGAGCAGACACAACAAUGCCUUUGUCUCAAGCUGAGUCCGAAUUAUGCGCAACAGACGACCCCCAAACAACAGUGAGGAACCUACGCCGUGAACUUCCAAAAUCAGGUGUGGAGUGCGUUUUCCUUCAUGGCUCAUUAGAGCUGCUUCGAUGUUUCCUCUGCGGUCGUUUAUGCUCAUGGGAUGAUGAUGGCCGCCAGCUCGAAACAAUGUCAGGCCAGCAGCCUGAGUGCCCUCAUUGCGUAGGUGCUACAGUUGCUCGGGAAGAAAAAGGAAAACGAGCAUUGGGUGUCGGCAAGUUGAGACCGGAUAUUGUUCUUUACGGCGAAGAACACCCCAAUGCACAUCUGAUUAGCCCAAUUGUGACGCAUGACUUGGCUCUGUGCCCAGAUCUUCUGCUCAUUCUCGGCACUAGCUUACGGGUUCAUGGCUUGAAAGUCAUGGUCAGAGAAUUCGCAAAGGCAGUUCACGCGAAAGGCGGGAAAGUUGUCUUUGUCAACUACACCAAGCCCCCUGAGAGCUCUUGGGGUGAUGUCAUCGACUAUUGGGUUGAGUGGGAUUGUGAUGCUUGGGUGUCUGAUCUGCAAGACAAGAUACCCAAGUUGUGGCAGACACCUGAACCUCCCAAACUUAAGAAGAAGCGGGAGUCUGGUGGUCUUGCUGACGAAGUCGCAAAUCAGGAAGGAAAGCGUCCAGUUGCAGCUUAUCCAGUUGCUCUUCGCGACACAAAAGCUGCAGCAGCGUACUGGGUUCCGAAGAUAAUGAAGCAUCUGCACAGGAUAACUGGGUUUGACCCCAUUGAAGCAACAGCACUGGCGUCGCAAGCUAUCGUUGCUGCGUCGACAGAAAUACUCCCAACUUUGGAUGGGCCGGUGGAUAUUCCUCAGCGCAAGCCUGAUGUGAUAAGAACCCGGGCUAGACGUUCACGCAAGUCUGCGCCUGGUGUUAUGGAACAGUCUAAGAAGCCUCCCUCAACACUAAAUCCAAACCACGGGCGAACGCUACGCAGUGCCGAAGCCAUCAAACCUGUCGGGACUGAGGAUCAUACUCCGCCUUUCAGUCAUAUGGCUACCCCAGAAAGACCCUUGCUCAGCGAAAGCUCAAUUCUGGAUGCUGUGAAAUCAGGGGCAAGACUACGUAAACGCAAGAGAAUUGAUGGCGUAGAGGUACCGCUGCCCUCAGUUGGCAGUAAACGCCAAUCGGCCCAGAAAAGCGCAUACCCAGAAGGGUCUCUCCAGUUACCACCUCUGAAGCCGCAGCCACCGAGUCCCAACAAUAUCCCGCAAUUUACUCGACUGGCAACAAUGGAACCUCGAGCUCCCGAUACCCCGAAACCGUAUUCAAAGAGCGGACAGCUACAAUCUAUCUCGCCUGUCAUGCACUCCGCAGACACACUAAGACCGAUUUCGCAUAACACGCGCAGCCGGGCGGCUCCCGCACAUCUGAGAGAUUUUGCUUCAAGUCCCGCACAUCUGAGAGAUUUUGCUUCAAGUCCCGCACCGAUGUUCCCGCCAGAAAAGUCGAAUGAUUUGUGGCAUGCUUUAAAGGGUCCUGUCAACUGUAUUGUUAAGCGCAAUUACCCCCAGGAAGAGGCGGAAGCAGCGCUGGCUUUGUCCGCACUGAGCCAGGGUCCCCCGCGCGAGAUGGUGGUUAAGGACUAUAUUAUACCUCCGAAUAGAGGAGUACAGACGCGUUCAUCGGCACGGUUGACAAACAAAUGA